AUGGCCGAAGCUGCCGAGCCAGGUAGUGGAUUUAACUCCAAAAGUGUCGCGCUGCGAGCCCAGAAGAAAAUUCUGGGCAAGAUGGCUUCGAAAAAUGUGGCAAAAGCGUUUGUAGAUGACACAACUGGCGAUCUGCUCGAUCAGAUGUAUAGAUUAGCGAAGGUUGAGUCCGGGAACAAGAAAGAAGCAGAGAAACUCGUCAAGGACCUUGUGAAAAUUGUGGUGAAGAUCAGCAUUUUGUUCAGAAACGACCAGUUGAACCGCGACGAAAUUCAAGUUGCGGAAAAAUUCAGAAAAAACUUCCGUUCAGCAGCCAUGACUUUAAUUAGUUUUUACGAGGUGGAUUUCUCCUUCGAUAAGAAAUUUUUGACUAAGAACUUGGAGGACUGUCGAAGCCAGUUGCAUCAAAUAAUCGAACGGCAUCUCACACCGAAAUCGCACGGACGGGUCGAUCAUGUGUUCAAUUAUUACGCGGAUGGUGACAUGCUAGAAAGAGUGUUUCAAGCUAAUCGCGAUGGGCCUUUCGGGGUUAUUCUCAAGAACAUCGUAGAUAAUCUGAACAAACUUAUGGAAGAAGGAAGCUUGUAGAAUGAGCAAGUGCUAACGGAGAAUUGUUAUUAUGUGACUGUGCUUUUCACUGAAUGUGACCUUUAUCUCCUGUCAGGUGUGCAACUCAGGCCUCUCGUGUGGUUGCAUAUAUCCUUUUCAAAAUACGUGAGGCGUAUAUUGCUUGUUGCUGUGAUAUUUAUUUUAACGUAAACGAGACUGUAAACGCCUUAGUCUUCCAAAAGAGUAAAAGUCACUGAUCCGGAAUGAAAAAAAAUCGCUGACGUUCAUGUUUACACUAAACCAGGUGCAAUCAUCUAUUAUCUUCCAUUGGAAGGUUUCAAAACAUGUUCAGAGAUUUUGAAUUUAAGCUUAUAAGGGUUUUUUGAUGAUUUGAAACAAUCGCCACUUACAGUGGGAUAUUGAAUUCUCUUUUCUUCUAUUAAAACGAAUACCAUUUUAAGUUCUUAAUCGACCGCCGUUUUCAUCUUAGCCGCAUUCAUCGUCGAAAAUGCUUUUAUUUCAGUUUUCCAAAUAUUGAAAUUUGCAAUAAUUAAGUAACCUUAUUAUGUAUUCAAAACAUUCUACCUUUCAGCUUUCUUGUACUAUUAAUACCCAGAAUGUUAUUUCACUCAUUAAAUCUUUAUCAGUCUUUUGCGGUAUAAUACUCAAAGAAAUUUUAGUAUAAUUUACCUUUUUAAGUCAAGCGGCUUCCGUUGAAAACUUUUUACUUUUUGAAUAAUUUUUGUUUGACUAAUUUAUUCCUCGUAAAAUGUGAAAUUGUAAAUGUAAACAAAGUUUUCUUCUUUGCAAAUUUCUUGUUCUUUUUAAAAAUCAGUUCUAGUUAUUUUUAAGGCGAAUAGGUUGGUAUGGUACUCGUUUGAGCGUCAAAUUUUAUCUCAUCGAGAUAUUUUCACUAAGUUAUUUGAGAUAAGCUUAACAUUAAUUUUAUUGUGCGUGCAUUCUAGAAGAGAUGAUAGUGUUUCGAUCUGGUUAGUGACAAAAAGGGAUGCUGCAUAAACUUAGAGCUCUGGAUUUCGAAAAUAAAGACAGAGACCACUAUUUCGCUUUCAUGUAAUAUAAAAGAAAAACACCCAGAUUGGAAUUAACAGAUGAUGAAUUUGAUUUAGUUUGAACACUACAGAUAAUUUGAAGGUUAAAUUAAUUCUAUCGGUUGUGUUUUUGAAUGAAGAUUCUCUAUCUCAUGAUAAAGAAAUGAUUUUAAAAUGAUUAAAAAUAUUUUUUCAAAAUUUUAUCCACCACAACACGAACUGUCAGAUACUGUCUAAUUGUGAAGAUUUUAUAGCCAAUUCCUUUUUAAUUUUUAUGCUAAGUAUCUUAGCCUUAAAUCUUACUGUAUUCCUAAUAUAUAACAUUCUUAUUUAAAUGCUGUGAAUUCAGGCAAGUGUAUUAAUUUUGUUGUAGUUCAGUUAUAUUUUGGGUUAAUUUUCUGUUCUUUCUGACAUAGUCAUCAAUUGCCAUAGACAAUAACAAAGAGUCUGCGAUGAAAAAUUUAACUAAAAUAAAACUGAACUACAGUAGAAUUUGCUACAGGUUAUCUUAAAGAUGUCACGGACUUUUUUAGCUCUGGGUGUUGGCAAUGUGGUGGAAAAAAUUUGUAUGGAAGUAUUCCAUCAUGUACAAUAUUAAUAAAAUGUGCUACAAGCAACCACUGGUAACAAAAAUAUUAUCACGCAAGAAGUUUUGACAUAUGUUAAUCAUAAGUUAGAAUGUGUUCCUGUUUUGUUGAGUGGAAAAAGUCAAUGUGUUUUUUAUUACAUCCUUUUUGAAUUCACUGGUGAUCUAAGUGCAGUGUGAUUUGUUCACACACUACACUAUUUUUUGGUCUAGAUCACAUCUUUUCUAAUAUUACAUUUUAAAAUCACAUUACUUCUCUUCUAAAUCACAUCCAUUCUGUGUCACGUAAAAAGUGAGAUGUGAAUGCUUCUUUGCCUCAACUUUUAAACAAACCGCCUACUGGAUUAAAUCGGGCAAUUUCUAAAUAUCUAUAAUAAAAUUGAAUUUGAACUUUGUGUCAAAACUUGCGCUGUGCACUUUUCUGAUUCUAAAAUCAUGAAUAUGAUUUCAGAACAAAUUGCUUUCAUCUCAGUUCAUAGACAAUUACCAUCAUGAAUAUUCAUCCAAACAGAAGUAGCUUGUAGAGGAAGUUCAAACAAAGUAGAGUAACUUAAUACACUUGAUGCUUUAUUUUGCAGCCUAUUCCAAUAACAGGAAAGAUUUAUGGGAGACUGACAGGUCAAUGUACUUUAUAAAUCCAGUGGCAGGUGGCACUAGAGAAUGUAUAGUUUAGAUUAGUGUGAAAGACAGUCAAGUUGAUGUUACAGUCAAACCGGCCAUAAAUACGGAAACACUGAGGGUGCCAUAGAAAGUGUCUCUAUUGAUGGGUUGUCUCUAUUAACCCCUUAAGUCCCAAUAGUGCUCAAAAUCAAUUUUCUCCUAACGAUAUCCAUAGACUAUCAUGAGCAAAGUCUAUGAGAAUUAACAAAAUGAUCUCAUAGAAAAGCAUUCGAUCUUUUACCAAAUUCUCUCAACUAAUUCUUCAAGAAAAUGUAUGGAGAUCAGUUUGGAGAAUUUGUAUGUGGAUAUUGGGACUUAAAGGGUUAAGCAGCUUGAAUUUGGAGAAGAUGUAAGGGUUUACUUUCCCCAGGGACAAAGAAAAUUGUUCAGUAUAACAAGGUGUCUAUAUUAAGUGGGUGUCUGUAAAGUGGGGUUUAGCUGUAUCAUUUUCAGUAUAAUGUACAGUUUGGUGGUGAUUGGUAAAUUUUAGUGCUUUUCCUGUUAGGGUUAUGUGUGCUCAAAUUUUCAAAUUUUUUGUGUGAAAAUGAGACUCUUGCACACAAGAAAGAUUCAUGAAAAUUGAAACCUUAUUAUUUUGCGAAUCAUAAUUUUUUGUAAAGAAGUUAAUUUUUUUUUCUUCAAAUUCACCAUCCUGUUUUCCAUUUGAUUAUAAAGAGCUCAUUUCCAUACGAAAAGCUAUCAAACAUUUUUGAAUGGAUAGCUACAUUGUAUUGCUCUUGAAACACUUUGAAUGUUCAAGUUUUCAGUGUUGAAACAAGUCUGUAAGAUUUAGAAUGAUGCAAAUGUUCUAGAAAUUAUUUCGUCAUAAAUGCUGAUGUGAAUGGAGAGAUUUAUCAAUUAUUGUUAUCAGUAAAUUCUAUUCCUGAGGGGCUUUGCAUAAACAAAUUUAAUUCAUUUGUAAUUUAAUUUUUCUGCUUUGAACGGGAGGGUUGGUUGGAAUGGCCCCAACUGAUUGGAAAGCUGCUACACCAUAGCCAUUUUAUUGAAAGCACUUCUAGCUUUCCGUAACUAUAAAGAAAGGCUGGUUUAUACAGAUAAUGCUAGCGGAACUGGGAAAUAAUGCAAAGAUGCCUGAUCGGAAGUACAAAUGCAAAUCCAGUCAUAAAUAUACCACUACAAGAAAGGAAAUUUCAUCGCUCUUUCUUGUUUUGCUAAUUAGUUACUUCUUAGCAGUGCAAAAUUGUCUUUAUGAAUUAUAAAUAUUUAUAGGAACAGUAUUUACUCAGGCGUAAGGCUGUGUGCACACUGCAGAGGCGGAUCCGGACCUUCAGAUAAGGGGGCGGGGCAGUCAUCCAGAGCCUGAGAUAAGACGGGGAAGGGGGGUCUUAAAAAAUUUUUUUUUUGGCCCUUCCAGCCUCAGUUUGGUCCAAAAAUAAGGGUGGGGGGCAGGACCCUGGACCCACCACUGCACAAUACCGAAUAGCUUUUGCAUUGACACGAAAUCCAUACCAGAUAGGGAUUCUGUUCACACAUAAGAAAGGUGAUUUUGGUGUGAUUUCUGUAAGUGAGUGAAGCUGUGUCAGCAGAUCUUAAAGUGAAGAGUCACCGAUAUCAGAGAGAUGUUCAUACUAUAACGGAAUGGAUACUUUUUGUGUUGGCACAAAAUGCUAUUCAGUAUCGUUUGAACAUAGCCUAAGUCCACAACUAAAGGUUUUUCAGUGCUUUUUUGUUUGCCUUGACAUGUAGCUGCAGUAGCAGAUCCAGACCUUCAGAUAAGGGAGGGGAGGGGGGGUGCUCAGUUUGGUCUAAAAAUAAGGGGGGCAGGGCCCUUCCCCUUAAUCUGCCACUGAACUGUAUGCCGGUGCUGCAAUCUCUCAUGUGUUAUCUCUGUCUCUUGAAUAUCUUUCUGUAGACAAGGUGCGAAAUCUUGGAGUUUGGUUUGACUCGCAGCUGAAUUUUAGCCCCCACAUUAUGGAAAACAUGUAGUCUAUCUUUUUAUCCACUAUACAAAAUUAGAUGCAUUAGGAAGUACCUUUUGUACAAGAGUGCAUAAACACUAAUUUAGCACUAGUAAUUGGAUGCCUAGACUACUGUAACAGUCUGCUGUAUGGCUUACCAACCAGUUAUAUUAACAAGUUGCAACGGGUUCAAAAAGCUGGCGUAAGGCUUAUCUCCAAUACCAUGCGUUUUGAUCACAUUUCUCCUGUUAUGAAAGACUUGCACUGGCUACCAGUUAAAUACCGUAUAUUGUUUAAAUUGGUUGUAUACACAUUCAAAGCUUUACAUUGUAGUGCUCCCACAUAUAUUCAUCAAUUAAUUAAUUAGACUUAAGCCACAGUCAAAUUAUAACCUGCAAUCAAAUGCAAAACACUAA